AUGUCCAAAUUGAUCACCGUCUUCGGCGCCACUGGAAACCAAGGUGGCUCCGUCGUCAGAGCCAUCCUGGCCGACGCGACGCUCUCCAGGGAAUUCAAAAUUCGAGGAGUCACGCGCGACACGAGCAAACCCGCCGCAAAAGCACUUGCGGAGAAAGGCGUUGAAGUAGUCACCGCCGACCUCGCGUCACCGGCAUCCGUAACCCAGGCCGUCACCGGCGCCGAUACAGUCUUCCUAGUCACAAACUUCUGGGACUCAAUGUCGGAAGACACCGAAUUCAGCCAGGGAAAAGCAGUGACAGAUGCCAGCAAAGCCGCGGGAGUCAAGCACCUGGUUUUUUCGUCCCUGCGUAAUGUGACUGAGAUCACCGGUGGUCGUAUGCCUCAUGUCACACAUUUCGACGGCAAGGCCAAGAUUGAGCAGUAUAUGCGUGAUAGUGGAGUUCCUGCUACAUUUGUGCUGCCGGGGAUGUUUAUGUCGAACUUUUACACCAUGAUUAAAAAACAAGAGGGUGUGUAUACCCUGGCAUGGCCGGUUAAUCCGGACACGGCGAAGGCUCCGUUGAUUUCUAUUGAAGAAGAUUUUGGUAAAUACGUCAAAAUCGCACUGAAACAAUACCCCUCUGCCAUCGGCAAGCGCAUUCUCGCUGCAACAGACUACUACAGCCCAACACGCCUAAUCACUGAAUUCAGUGAAGUCACCGGCCACAAAGCGCAGGCCGUCCAGAUCCCCGCGGAAACCUUCAAGUCAUUUAUGUCUGCUCCUGUGGCGCAGGAGCUGCUCGAGAAUUUCCUUUUGUUGGAUGAUGUUGGGUAUUAUGGUGGUGAGAGUUUGGAGGAGACGAAGAAGUUGCUGGAGGAUGAGCCGGUUAGUUGGAAGGAUUUUGUGGCGCGGAAUAAGGGGAGGUGGCCUUGA